GGCCGGGAAUACCUGCUCGCGCGGGUGUUGUUCUUCACCUCGCGCAACCUGCCGCUGGAGAUGUGUCUGCCGGCGUUUCCUUGCAAGUCCUCCAACCCGGAAAAGGUCACUGGCACCAUGCCUGACCGCGGCGAGGAGCUGGCGCUGAGACGCCUGCACCAGGUGCUGCGGCAGAUCAAGGAGGUUUACCCCCCGGGGGCUUUUAUCUGUAUCAUCAGCGACGGGCAUGUAUUCAGUGACUGCAUUGGCGUUGACGACGAUACAGUCGACGAGUAUGGCGCCAGAUUGAUUGCGCUCAACAACGCAAUCAUCCAGCAGAACAGGGAUCUUGUCCCCGCCGUGCGUUUCCAGUCGCUCAAGGAUAUCUUCUUCCUGGAUCCCACGGAUGCUUUGGCAAGGGAACUGGCCCUGCCCGAGGUAGACCACUUCAUCGCGACCAGGCUGUGCGAGGACUCGGAGUUCUGUCGCCAGGUGCUCCAGCUGUCAUGUCAGCCAGACUCGAAUGCAGUGCGCGAUCAGAUCGUCGCGCAGGAUGCGGCCAUGCUGGCCUUGUAUCGCGGGUUCUCACGGUUCAUGCUGGAGGAUCUGGCGCUGCAUCCCCUGGCGCAGCCUCUGUCGCGUAAACAGAAGAAGAAGCUCGCCGAAAAGGUCUCGUUCGAGAUGAUGCUGCGCAACCAGGCGUAUUCCAAUCUCGUCGAGUUGGUCUUCCCGGAUCACAUCCGUCUCUCGAUCCAUGCCCACGUCAACACGGGGCCCAAGUUCGGCAUCACCUUGUUCGAUCGUGCAGUGACUCGCGUCGUCGACAGCCUCGAUCUGACCGCAGACUCGCUCAGAAGCCCGGAGACUCACGAUCUUUUGCACAUUCCUACUCCCUGGCACAACUGUGUCGCCCAGUUGGCCGAUGCCACCACCACCACCACCUUCAUUGCGUCCUCCAAGGUUGUACAGGACGCCGUGCUCUCGGGCAAUCUUCACGGCCACUGGGUGGAGGGGGAUGUCUCCAAAGGCCUGGGGAGGUACUUUGAGAUU